CGCUUUCCAUUAAACAGGCAACGCCGGAUUUGCCGGUGUUGCCGUCGACGCCGGAUAAUGGAACGCGCGUUGCCGGCUGGCAAUUGCGGUCACGCAUUUUACCAUUGCCGAUUAGGAAACAAUAUGGCGUCGAGUCAUCAAGAAGAGAUUUACAGAUACUACAAAACGGCGAUUUUUCCUAAGAUUGGUCAUAAUAUGCUCAAUAACAACAUCAGUGCAUAAAAAUUAGUUCUGGAGAACACCUACCGACACAUUUCAAGAUAAGUAUCCGUUUCAUAGUUAAUUAUAUAUGAUUUUUUUAAAUUCAACCUGUAAAGUACAACCACCCCGAAUUUUCUCCACACAUAGAAUAAACGGUUGUUUAUUUAUAUCCUUUGGUAAGUAAAUGCAAAACGCAUGGUAAGUAUUCCCACCUUUUUACGUCAUAUUUGACUGCUUAUUGCGUCAUAUCACCUGUCUGGAUUAAGAAGAUCUUGUCUUUUACAUUUUAUCUGUUUGUUGACGAUGGCGUCUCUGGAGCUACUGCAUUGUUCUGGAUGCAACUCGUUAUUUCUUUCGUUAGCUCACUUUAAUCAACAUAACUGUCCAGUAAAUUCGCCAGUACAACCCCUUAUUCUUAAGGAUAACAUGGCUACUGUGUAUAGGGAAGAAGAACCACAUCAUGGUCAGGGGGCUGCUUGUCAGCCGAUGCAUAAAGCUGCAACAAGCACUGUGGCAAUUGCACAUGGGGAAGAAAAUGAAACAACUGUCACAGAAAUUUCUCCUGCCACACCUGUGCAAGAAGAAAAGCAAACGUGGACCAACUGUCUCGCGAAAGGCCUCAUCAAUUUAAGAGGCGAGUUGGAUGCAGAGUUUGCCUCAAAGAAGAAGACCCAUAAAGCUCUAUGGAAAGAAAUUGCAGCCAAAUUGAAGGAAGAGUAUGGGUUUACUGGUGACUGGCUUCAGUGUCAAUCAAAAUUCAACAAGCUUACUGCCAAGUAUAAGGCAGUAGAGGAUGCGAAUAAGAAGUCUGGUGAGAGACGGCGGUCCAUGGAGUUCUAUGAAGAAAUGAUGGAGGUUAUGGGUGAUGAUCCAAAAAUAACGCCAUUAAAAACAAUAUCUGUUGGUGUGGGUAAGGGGUUAAGUAUUAUUAGUGGUGAGAAGGGGGAGAAAGGGGAGGGGCAUGAGAGAGUGAGUGUUAAAGUAGGGUGUGAGAAAGUGAAGAACGUGUCUAAGCGUAAGAGGGAGGAUGAGUUAAUAGAUUUGUUGACUGAGGUGAGGGAUGACAGGAGAAAGUUUCAGGAGGAGCAGAUGAGAGUGAAUGAAAGAAAGCUGGUGCUUAUGGAGAAAUUAGUGUCUUUGCUUGAAAAAUAAGUUUAUUGUGUUUUCUGAUAUCAUAGAUCAAAUAAGUAAAUACAUGACCCCAAGACCAUAAAUUGAGAAUUGAUCAAAGUCAAAAUUUUGCUUUUUAAUAUUUUUAGUUUUAUUGAAUGUAUUUGCUUAAA